AUGUCGGUCGAGAAGAUCAACUCACCCGAAAACGCAACUUUCCCCCAUAUUUUGUCCCAUGCAACGAAAGUUCCUGGGCUGAUUUUCUUGAGUGGGCAAGUUCCAACAGGGAAGGAUAGCGAGAUUGUCGAAGGUGGGAUCCAGGAACAUACAGCACAGUGCAUCAAGAAUCUUGGAAACGUUUUGGCUGCUGCUGGAUCAUCAUGGGAGAAAGUGGUCAAGGUGAAUGUAUAUCUGAAGGAUAUGGACAAAUUUUCUGCGAUGAACGAGGUGUAUGAGAAGCUCCUUCCAUCUCCUAAACCUGCACGAACCUGCAUUCAGGCUGCCAAACUUCCCAACGAUGUUGACAUCGAGAUGGAGGCAAUUGCGACAUACUAA